AUGAAUAUCAAAAAAUCUCGGGCCAUACAAACAAGGAGAUUUAUCAUCUUUGAAAUUUUCACCACAGAAAAAAGUUAUUUGAAACAUUUGACUACUCUUAAAAAGAUAUUCAUGGAUCCUUUUGUCCAAACCUCAAGACCAUCAAAUCCAUUAAUCAAUUCAUUUGAUAUUCCCAUCAUUUUCGCACACAUCGAGGAUCUCAUUAUAUUAUCCACGGUAAUAGUGGAUGCAUUAAAUAAUAAAAUUCAUUCUUGGGAUGAUGAAGAAUCAAGAAUUGGGGAUGUAUUUCUAAAAUAUCAUGGAGCAUUUGAAGUAUUUCGUCGAUACGCUGAAAACCAUCGCGAAAAAUUCUUUAACGCAAUAUCUUUACCUAAACUUACUUAUCAUUGGCAUACAUUAUUAUUAUCAACAUUGUCUUGUUAUUUCACCAUUUACUUUUCACGAAUCAUUUCACCAAAAUUGUUUCCUAAAAGUUAUAAUACUUUACAUGGACUUAAAAGAUUAAAUUGGGAUAUCCAUUUUGUUAGCAUGAUUCAUUGUUUAAUAAUAGUUACUUUAUCUAUACCUUUGUUUAAUGAAAAGGAAUUAGUAGAAGAUAAAGUAUUUGGUUAUAAUUAUUAUGCUGGAAAUGUUUAUUCUAUUGCUUGUGGGUAA